AUGCUGCUUCUCGCUGGUGUCUUGCAUGCGGAGGCGGUGCCCGGUUUCGUUCGGGCAGUCGCUGUGUUUUCUUUCACGGUCGCACUGUCCACCCAGCCUGCGCGGUGUGUUCUCCAGCGCCGCCUGCCUCUCAGUAACUUGUCUGCAAAAUAUUGGUCUCAUCUUCAUCGUGUUAACAUGUUCAGCAGUUACAAUGUUAAGAUGUUCUACCACAGCAAAGCUCUCACCUCGCCGUAUCCUGGAUCGCGUGUUGAACGUAGCCAAGUUCCUGAAGAUAAAGUGGGCUGGUUGACCGAGUGGAAAGAUUAUAAUCCUGUGGAGUACACUGCGAUGUCUGUUUUGGCUGGACCCAGUUGGGCAGAUCCCCAAAUCAAUGAUAAAAGUUUUUCUCCCAAAUUCAAUGAGAGAGAUGGAGAAGUGGAGAGGAAGAGUCUGAAUGGUGUGUAUGCGGUUGAAAAUGGGAGACCCCGGUGA